AUGGUAAUUCCUUCAUUGAUAAUGGCAUCCCAUGUUGGUGCUGGAAGUACUAGUGGAACGGCUACUAAGGAUGAUUUGGAUGACAGGAAUCUCGAGACAAGUGAGGAGGAGAAUAUGGUGACACGGGUUCCGGACGCGGGAGGGGAGGAAAGUGAGGAGAGGCGAGAGAGCGAGCAGGAGACGGCGUACAGUGCGCUGCAGCAGCUGGUUACCACCGUUUCGUCCGCUUCGCCGUCCCUCGCAGCCUGGCUAAGUGGGUUCCAAGGCACCGUGGUGAGUCCAGGAUCGGCCUCUGAGGGCCGCUUGGGUUCUCCGCUUCCGGCUCGCGUCGCUGUUGCUACAGCUACUGACGCUGCUUCCACCGCUAAUGAUGCUGCCGCUUCCGAUCCUGACACUUCAACUGCUUCUUCUGUCGCUGCUGCUGCUGCUGCUGCUGCUCCUGAAGCUCCUGCUGCUGCUCCUGUCGGUGGCGCUGCUGGCUCUAGCGCCGUCUCUGCCCCCUGCUUCUCCAUGGAGCUCCGUGAUUGGCUGGAAUCCUCGGGACUGGGCUCCACGGAUCUCCUAGGCUCGCUGACCCGCGCCAUGGAUUCCGAACCUGCAGGCGAGGCUCGGUCGCAGCCGGACUUGGCCUGUGGCGAGGCGGUGUGGGUGCUGGGGGUGAGAUACGCGGAGUGGGAGGAUGAGGAGGUGAGGAGGGAGGAGGCGAGGGAGGGGGAGGGGGAGGAGAGGAGACCUGGGGGUUUGGAGGAGAGGAGAGAUGAGGGAAAGGGUGGGGGAAGUGGUACAGGAGAAGGUGGGGAUGGGGAGGGGGGUGAUUUUCAGAUGAGUACAGAGAGGGAACGGCGGGGCAAUGGAGAAGGUAGUGGAGGGAGCGUUGAUAGGGAAGGAGGGAGGGUUGAAGGGAGGAGCGUGGAGGAAGGGAAGACUAUGGCGGAUGGGAGAAACAGGGAGGAGAAGGGGAGCUUGGAGGAGGGAAGGAAUAGGGAGGAGCGGGGGAGCGGAGAGGAGGCGAGGAGUGGGGAAGAGGGGAGGAGCGGGGAGGAGGGAAGGAGUGGGGAGGAGGUGAGGAGCGGAGGGGCGUGGGAGGACUUAGUGGUGGAUGUGCAGUCGCGGUUAUGGAUGACCGCUGGUAAAGCUGAUGGCGGCGCUACUGCUGGUGCUGCUGCUGUUUCUGCCGGUGGGGCCACUGGUGGUGGUGCUGGUGCUGGCUUCACCACGGACACGGGGUGGGGCUGCAUGUUCCGCACCGGCCAGAUGAUGCUCGCACAGGCCCUGCUGUGCCACCGCCUGGGCCGCCAGUGGAGACGACAUGCCGGCAGGGAGGAGCAGGCCUAUUACGAGGUCGUUCGUCUCUUUGCCGACUCUCCCUCUCCGCUCUCCCCGUUCUCUCUGCACCAUUUGGUUCGGGCCGGGGCUAGGCUCGGCGUCAAGGCUGGGGUGUGGCUUGGGCCGUACCGGCUGUGCGUCACGCUCGGGAGCUUGAUUCGGGAGAUGGAGGAGGGGGGAGGGGAGAGUGGUGUGGUUGAGGAGGAGACGGGGAGAGGAGAAGAAGGGGAGGACAGUGAAAGGGACGAAAAGAAUGGGGAUGGGGGGAUGGUGAGAAGAGCCAAAGCAAGAAGAGAUGGUGAGGGACGGGAAUACGGCGAGGAAGCUGGCGACUUGUCACAGAGUGAGGAAGGAGGACUGUGGGGCAAGGAGGGGCCGUUGUGGGGCAUGCGCGUGCAUGUGGUGGGAGCACAUCCGGGGGGGGAGGGAGGGGGAGGUGCGCCAAUGCUGUGUGUUGAUGAGGUGAUGGCGCUGUGUGGCGGGGGGGGAGGACGAAGGGGGGAGGAGAGGAAGGGAGGGGGGAAGGAUGCAGAAGAUGGGGCGGCAGUGGAUGAGCAAGGGGGGGAGAGGGGAGGGGAGAGGGGAGGGGAGGCGAGCACAUGGCGGUCGGUGCUGAUCCUGGUGCCGUUGGUUCUCGGUGUCGACCACAUGGACGCCCGCUAUCAGGAGGCGCUACGACGCACUUUCGCCUUCCCGCAGAGCGUGGGCAUUGCGGGAGGCAAGCCCAACACGUCGCUGUAUUUCAUCGGCACACACCAGAGCGACGUGCUCUUCCUCGACCCGCACUACCCACAGCAGGCUGUUGCAUUUCCGGAAGGACCAAUCAGCGCAUGCCAUUUGGACACGUCAUCCUACCAUUGCAGCACUAUCCGGCGCAUGCCUCUAUCAGGGAUGGACUCCUCUCUGGCUCUCGGCUUCUACUGUGCAACCCAAGGUGAUUUUGAGGAUAUGUGCCGUCGAAUUGAGCAGCUCGCUCAACUGUCAAAUGGAGCGCCGCUCCUCACUGUGGGCAAUAGGGCCGAUCUGGUCGCAGCCUCCGUGCUGCCGCCCUGCCACGUGUCCAAGUUCGCCUACGCGCCCUUCGCAGCCGCCAGCCAGCAGCCCUUUUCCGCGCAGCCGCACUCUUCGCAAGCCGCGAACUCGUUACAAGCUCCUGACCCGUUACAAGCAGCCUUCAAGCUCCCGUCGGCACCCGUCAGCAACAGCAGCGGGCCUCGCGCUUCCAUUGCCGCCCGUACCAGAGACUCUUUGUCUGGAAGCUUCCACGAAGCCGCGUCUCCAGCGUUCCAAGCCGCGUGCGCAACACACUCUGUCGGCGGGCCGUCCUCGGGUUCCGACCCUUCCGCCCCGUCCGCCGCGUCUCCCGUUGCGAGCGCAGCAGGGGGGGUAUCUGCGCGGCCGCGCGCCAUGGGCGCAACUCCCCUCCCCCCGCAUGCAUCAGGCGCAUCCAGAAGCUCCGGCGGAUUUCCAGGAUUCCCAAGCCCCGCCGCGGGCACAAUUGCGGAAGGAAGCGGGGGAGGCGGAGCUGGCAGGUUGGCGGACGGGAGGGCGGAAGCCGCGGCUGCCAUGCUUGCUGUUAUGGGUGGCGGAAAGAUUGUGGCGGGAGGUUGGGGGGGAGUGGCGGGGGGGAAUAAAGCGAGAGCAGAGGAGCAGGAGAAGGAGCAGAGGCAGGAGGGGAAUAAAGCGGGUGGGAUAGGAGGAGUGGGGAGGGAAGCAGCGGUAGGAGGAAGGGAUGUGAGUGGGGUAGUGAGGACAGAUGGAAGAGCAAGGGGGGAAGGUGGAGAGAGGGCAGGAGCAAGGGGAGGAGUGAGGGGGGAAGGAGUGAGGGGAGGAGUGAGGGGGGAAAAAGUGAGGGGAGGAGUGAGGGAGGAAGGAGUGAGGGGAGUGAGGGGCGAAAGCGGAGAGAGAGGAGUGAGGGCGUGUGACGUGGUGGCUGUGGUGGGACAGCGGGAGUUCUGGCGCCUGCAGCAAGGCAUGCAGAGGCAUGAGCGAAUAGUGCGCACCCAGCUGCUGGACCUGCACUCACUCAUCAUCGUGCAGCAAGAGCUCUUUCAAGCAGACCGCCCCCCCUCCCCCGAGCCCUCCGCCACCAGCGCCCCCCUCCCCUCCGCCCCCCUCUCCCCCGCGCCCUUUCCCCCUUCGCCCCUCUCCCCCGCGCCUCUCCAUCCCCUCCGCCCGCCCCAACCCCCCGUCCGCGCCUCGCCAGCUGCGCUGCACGCCUGUGCCGAGGCUGAGUCGCAGGCUCGGGGAUUGCCGGGGCAAGUGUCCUGCAUCGGCCGUACCUACCGGCCCCGUGCCUGUAGCGAUCGUGAGGAUGCGGAUCGUGACAGCAGUCAUGGUGAUGCGGGCAGGGAAGCGGAAGAGAAGAAGGGCACUGAGCGGAGCAGCACACCCCAUGGGCCACUGGAAUCAGCACAGCAGCAGACCUCAGGAGCAGCCGUGGGUCCUGCUGCUGCUGCUGGCAAUGCCUCUGCUGACGAUACAUUCGAUGAGUAUGAUGAUUCUGAGAAUGGUUAUAGUGGUAAUGAUGACUCGGGUGGGGAUAAUUCACGUGGUGGUGGUGAGGAUGAUGACGGGGUUGGAAGCCAAGACAGGAGGCAUGGAAAGGCAGCAGUUGGAGGGAGUCGGCGUUCUGAUGUGCAAGUGGGCGGGUCGCCCGUGUAUAAGAUGGAGCGGAAGCUGGGGAAGGGCGGGUUCGGGCAGGUGUAUGUGGGCAGGCGCGUGAGCGGCGGCAACGAGAGGGUUGGGCCAAACGCCGUGGAGGUGGCAUUGAAGCUGGAGCACCGGAGCAGCAAGGGGUGCAACUACGGCCCGCCCUACGAGUGGCAGGUGUACACAACGCUGGGCGGCAGCCAUGGCGUGCCGAGAGUGCACUUCAAGGGGCGGCAGGGCGACUACUACAUCAUGGUCAUGGACCUGUUGGGCCCGAGCCUGUGGGACGUGUGGAACAACCACAACCAAGCCAUGUCAACGGAGAUGGUGGCGUGCAUAGCAGCGGAGGCGCUCUCCAUAUUGGAGAAGGUGCACGAGCGAGGUUACGUGCAUGGAGACGUGAAGCCUGAGAACUUUCUUCUUGGGCAGCCCGGGACCUCAGAGGAAAAGAAGCUGUACCUGGUUGACCUGGGCCUAGCAACGAGGUGGAGGGACAGCAACACGGGGCAGCAUGUGGAGUAUGACCAGCGACCAGACAUCUUCAGGGGCACGGUGCGCUAUGCGGGGGUGCACGCUCAUCUGGGCCGCACGGGCAGUCGCAGGGACGACUUGGAGUCGCUCGCCUACACGCUCGUCUUCCUGCUGCGGGGUAGACUGCCCUGGCAGGGCUACCAGGGCGACAACAAGGGCUUCCUGGUGUGCAAGAAGAAGAUGAGCACGUCGCCGGAGAUGCUGUGCUGCUUCUGUCCGCCGCCCUUCAAGCUCUUCCUCGAGUACGUGGUCAGCCUCAAGUUCGACGAGCGCCCCGACUACGCCAAGUGCGCCGCCAUGUUCGACCCCAUCCUCUCCCCCAACCCGGCCUUGCUCCCCUUGAAUACGGAGGGGGCACGCUCUCUCAAGGUGCGUGGUGGUUCUCCUGGGUCUCUGGACUGGACUGCAGUGGGGUGUGGUGUGGUUCCAAGUGCGCCGCCAUGUUCGACCCCAUCGUCAGCCCCAACCCCGCGCUGCUGCCGCUCGUGCGCCGCCAUGUUCGACCCCGUCCUCAACCCGAACUCGGCCUUGCUUCCUCUGAACACAGAUUGCGCGCGGUCCCUUAAGAAGAGGGGGCGGGGCGAGGGGGGAGAGGAGGAGGCGGAGGAGGAUCAGCUGAGGAAGAAGAUCCGCCUUGGCAUGCCGGCCACCCAGUGGAUCUCCGUUUACAGCGCGCGGCGGCCCAUGAAGCAAAGGUAUCAUUACAACGUGGCAGACUCGCGCCUGGCACAGCACGUGGAGAAGGGCAACGAGGACGGGCUGCACAUCAGCAGCGUGGCGUCGUGUCAGAACCUCUGGGCGCUCAUCAUGGACGCGGGCACCAACUUCACAGCGCAGGUCUACGACCUCUCACUCGUCUUCCUGCCCAAGGAGUGGAUCAUGGAGCAGUGGGAGAAGAACUUCUACAUCACAGCAGUGGCGGGCGCCAGCAACGGCAACUCCCUCGUUGUCAUGUCCAAAGGCACCCCCUACACACAGCAGUCGUACAAGGUCAGCGACAGCUUCCCAUUCAAGUGGAUCAACAAGAAGUGGCGCGAGGGCUUCUACGUGACGUCCAUGGCCACCGCUGGCAGCCGCUGGGGCGUCGUCAUGUCCCGCAACGCCGGCUUCACUGACCAGGUGGUGGAGCUGGACUUCCUGUACCCCAGUGAGGGCAUUCACAGGCGGUGGGACAUGGGGUAUCGCAUCACUGCCACCGCUGCCACGUGGGAUCAGGCCGCCUUCCUUCUCAGCGUGCCGCGCAGACGACCCGCGGAUGAGACCCAGGAGACCCUCAGAACAUCGGCUUUCCCCAGUACCCACGUCAAGGAGAAAUGGGCCAAGAAUUUCUGCAAGGGAGAAUGUGCGGCAGUGGCUGCUGAAACGGUUAAGGAGUUGAGAGUGACCGUGGAGAUGCUUGUGCAGGAGUUGCACAAGGUUAAUGCUCGACUUGCAGCGGCUGAAAGGAGAAAUUCUGCAAGUGCUGAUGAGAAGAACGGUGCUGGAACCCGGGGCAGUGAAAGCAAGGCUGCUGCUGUGAACAAGGAGAAGGGAGUGCACAAGUGUGUCACUCGUGAGAAGCAGAAACCUAAGGACAUGGUGCAGCUGAAGGGUGAAGCUGCUGAAGAGAAACUGAUGUUGCUGAGCUCAGGAGGGUCGGGAAAGCCUACUGUCAAGAACCUGUCAAGCGUUGCAGCUGAUAGGGCGAAGGGGACAGACGAACCAGAUGUGAAGCUGAGCAAGGAGGAAGCUGAAACUACUUCGGGGGACAGCGGCAAUACUUCAAUGAAGCUGCAAAUUGUUGCAGCAGAUGACGUGGAAGCUGAAUUUGUGGGGGAGCAGAAGCGUGUCUCCCCUAAAACUGGUGUUGGGAUUGGCAAUGGGGUGGAGCUGAUCGACCGUGAAAAUAUGGAGUUAGAUGAAAAGGGGGAGCUGUUUGGCAAGGAUGUAAAAUCGCCUGUGCCAAUGAUGGAAGUGGUGAAGGGAGUUGUCGAGUCCGUGAGUGACGAAUGUGGGUUCGAAUAG